UACACGGCAACAGCGGGGGGCUAUGGGAGGCAGAGGGGGGUUGUGGGACAUGGGGCUAUGGGGCACGGAGCACCGCCCUCACCCCACGGCCCCGUCCCCCUCCCAGAGUUGCUGCGGGCAGCGGGCGCCGGGGGCCGGGCGCUGCUGGUGGCCAAGGGGCCCCUGGGGACGGGGCCGGAGGGCGGACCCCUGGACGUGUGGUGGGUGGUGGGCGACGGGCGGCUCCUGACCCUGCUGCCCCUGCUGCUGCGCCAGCACCCGGAGUGGCGGGGCUGCCCCGUGCGCCUCUUCACCGUCGCCCUCCUGGAGGACAACAGCGUGGUGCUGGCCCGGCUGCUGGAGGCCUUCGCCCGGCGCCUGCGGCUGCCGGCGCGCACCGAGGUGGUGGAGCUGCACGACAGCGCCGUGUCCGCCUACACCUACGAGCGGACGCUGAUGAUGGAGCAGCGCUCCCAGAUGCUGCGGCAGAUGCGGCUCUCGGCGCGGCACAGAGGCUCCGCCCCCUCGCAGGCCCCCAGCGCCGGGGAGGAGGAGGAGGGAGGGAGCGGGCCCACCCCGCAGGGACCGUGCCCGGCCAACGUGCGGCGCAUGCACGCGGCCGAGCGGCUGAACGACGCCAUCGCGCGGCGCUCGGGGGGAGCGCGCCUCGUGCUGCUCGACCUGCCCGCACCGCCACCCCCGCCCCGGCCCCGCGACGACAACUACGUGGAGUUCCUGGAGGUGCUGACGGAGGGGCUCGGCCCCGUGCUGCUGGUGCGCGGUGGGGACUAAACCGGUACAGACCAGUAAGGACCAGUCCAGGCCUGCAUCGAGCGGGACGGCACCGGCACAGAGCCGCUCUGCGCUGCCGUGCUCCCUGCACGGCCCCAGGGCUCCCAGUACGGCCCUGACGCUUCCAGCACACGCAGCCUGGGGCCCAGUGCUCCCAGUCCGGGUCUCAAGGCUGGCGGUACGAUCCCAGUACGCUGAGCACGCUGCCGCUGUGCUCCCAGUAAACCGAGCGCGCUCCCAGUAUGGGCUGAGUGUGCUCCCAGUACCCUGAGCGCUCUCCUUGUGCUCCCACUGUGCGUCCCCGCACACCGAGCGCGUCCCAGCGCUCCCAGUCCCAGCCAGUACCCCCCCACCAAUAAACUCUUCCCUACACA